AUGUAUCAUUAUAUACGACACAUCCUUACCUUGUUAGUAUUGUGCCUUUUUAUCAUCUUUGUGGGAGUUGGAAGUGGAAGUAUAAGACUUGAUAACAAGCCUCAUAAGAUAAUUGAUCCAUUUAAGGAAUACGGAACAUUUUGGGCGUGCAUUUUACUUUUUAUACGUUUUCUGCCUGUGAUAACAUUACCUCUGGCAUUAUUUAAUUUCUUAGGUAUUGUCUGUUUUAACACCCACCCUGUCAAACCCGCACUUAAGGCGUCUGUGUUAUUUGGUCCAUUUCUGUGUUUUCGUGUCGUCACGCGAGGUAUGUUUCCAGCACUUGUUAAACGUAACGUGGAGCGCAAUAUCGAAAAAUGUAUAAAAUUAGGAUUAACCAAUUUUGUGUUUGAAAUAGCCACCGAUUCGUCAAUUGGAAUUCAAAGUUCGGGACAAGUGCGGGAAAUAGUCGUCCCAGAAAAAUAUCAGACCAAGAAUGGCACAUUAUAUAAAGCUCGAGCUCUUCAGUAUUGUUUAGAAGAGGAGGUAAAUAUCUUGAGUGAUAAUGAUUGGAUAAUUCAUUUAGAUGAAGAAACUUUAAUAACGGAAAACAGUUUAAUAGGCAUAAUAAAUUUUAUUAAUGACGGAACUUAUAGUUUUGGUCAAGGGGUAAUAACCUAUGCCAACGAAGAAAUUGUUAAUUGGUUUACAACCUUAGCUGAUUCUAUACGAGUUGGUAUGGAUUAUGGAAUUAUUCGAUUCACCCUAGGUGCCUUACAUCGCCCUUUGUUUAGCUGGAAAGGAUCGUUUGUUGUGUCAAAUGUGAAAGCAGAAAGGGACAUUACUUACGAUUUUGGAAAAAAUGGCAGCAUAGCAGAAGAUUGCUUCUUUGCUCUUCAUGCUUGGAAUAAGGGAUAUAAAUUCGGCUGGAUUCAAGGUGAAAUGUGGGAAAAAAGUACUUUUACAGUGUCUGAUUUCAUUAAACAACGUAAACGAUGGGUCCAAGGAAUUAUCAUGGCUCUUUUACAUAGUGAUAUUUCCUUAAAAUAUAAAAUUGGUAUACUUAACAUUAUUGUGUCUUGGUACGUGAUGCCUUUAUCAACUCUUAAUUUAAUCUUAAUUCCCCUGUUUAACUUUACAGUGUCACCCAUUAUCAACUGUAUUUUACUUUUUGUUGGCGGCUUCAUGACCUUUCUCUUCACAUUUGGAGCUGUUAAAUCAUUUUCAUCCAAAAGACAUACGUUAUUACUAAUAGUCCUGGUUAUAGUCAUAGUAAUAAUGAUUCCUGUUUUUACCAUGGUAGAGACUAUAGCUGUCGUCUGGGCUGUGUGUUCGCGUCAAGGUGGUUUUCACAUCGUUAAGAAAGACAUUCAAGAAUCUCCCAUAAUGAGUACUGUUUGA